AUGUAUUCCGAAGUGGGAAAGCACGCUUCAGCUGCUCAAGCAUCCUACAGCAACCCAGUGAAGCAGCUCCGCAACUGGGCAAGCGUUCGUUUGCAAUCUACUGGCAUCACAUCGUUCCAAAAUCAGGAUGAGCAGUUCGAGCCGCUCAGACGUUCUACAGCGCCUCUUCGAAGCCGUGAUAGGAAUGAAAAUACGGUUGCAUCUCCAGAUGAUUUGGCGGGCUAA